GAGCGUGGCUCCCGAACGCAGGCCUGUUAAUGUUCUUUCAAGCACCGUGUGAGCAUUCAUUUGUUUAUGUUUCUAAGGUGCGUUCGGGGAGACGCUAUUCGCGUUCAAAGCAUCAUACUAUCUUUGUUAUUCAUUGCACGUUAAAGGAAGAUAGAACGACGCUUUCAGCGCUAAUAACGUUCUCCUCGAACGCACCUCUAAACGUGUAUGUGAUAUUCAAUUUUUUCUUAUCCUUUCCGCCUUUGCCUUCUCGAAGAAGAUGUUGCGCAUAUACUAGAAGACCAUCUGUUACAUACAGUGGAGGAGGAACAUUUUACAAAAAACAUUUAACACAACAUUUUGUUUUAUCUGGAAGUCAACAUUGGUAACAUACUGUUUUGUCUCUGGAAGUCAACAUUGAAUAUAAGCUCUGCGAAUCUGUUGUUCCAUCAGCAUCUAUUUUCUCAUCUUUGUUUAUGUAGAAGAUGUGUGAACAAACGUGGACUGUUAUUCAAUUCGAAGAAGAUUGUUCUGUGGAAGCGGUACCCUCAACAUGGAUACAAGGGCAGUUUUGCCAUUGGCCUACAUAUUCACAAGAAAAAUUAAUGACUGCAAUAAGAAAACAUGAAUCUUUAAAUACACGCUGGCCCUGCUAUAAAAUUAGAAAUUUCAGAAAUUCUACUUUUGAAGACUAUUCCAAAGCUCGCUCAAAAGCACGUACCGCUGAAGUGACAAGUGAUUUAAAUUCUGAAAUAGAAGAAAACCCUAAAAGAAAAAGAAUUCAGAAAAUGUUUACUUCAUCAGAAGAGGAUAAUAAUGAGGAUUUAGAAACCUCAUUAUUAUCACAACCACCAAUAUUACAAACGAAAACUAAAAUAAAGCAGAAUAACUUUAGUUCUUUAAACAAAGCAAGUUCUACAUCACUUAACGUAAAUCAGUCUACAUAUGAUGAGUCUUCAUACAAUACAGAAAAUAAUAAUUCAAUUCUUAGUGAAAAUGUUGAUUCAUCACGAUAUUAUGAAACAACGCCAGUUAGUACGCCAUGCAGUUCAGCUUGCUCUAGUAAGAGAAAGAAACUUGAUGAGAAGACUGCUAAGAAUUUAGUGGCUCAAAAUUAUUUAAUACGAAGUAUUGUUAUUGACAUAUUGUCUGAGGUUAAAGAAAUUAAACUGCAACUAAAAACUAACUCUCAAGAAACAAGUACCAAAGAAAAGGAAGAAAUAAUUUCAAUAUUCAAUAAUAAAGAUGUACAUUUUCCGCUUAAAACUGAAAAAGAUCUUCAGACAGUGGAACUCAUUCUAGAGAAUGAUGAUGAAAUUACUAAAGCGAUGAAUGAGUUGAUACAAAUAGGAGGGAAUAAUGGAUAUGAAUUCAUUAGAAGAGCUUUAUCCAUGAUGCUAACUAAUGAGAUUGCAGAUAAAUAUAGUUUUUUUGGAAGAAAAAAGAAAAAAUCCUUUUGUAAUCUCAACAUUUGCAAACUUUUAAUAAGUGCAUCACAAAAAGGACGAUAUUGUGAAACAACCAAAGAAGCGGAAAAAUUUAUUCAAGGAUGGUUAAGAAGAGCUGCUGAAAGGGGAAAAUUAAGGAAAUAAUUUUAUUGCUUAUAUUGGCAUUUUUCCGUGAAGAUUUAUUCCAAGAUAAAUAAUUUGCAUCAGCUGUAGUGCAUUGGGAACUCAUAAUCGCUGAAACGUCCUUUAAUAUCGCAACAUACGAAGCAAAAAAGAAAAACGAAUAACUGAUUUAAUUUUUGAUAUUUUAAAGAGAUAAUUUUCAUUUUUUAGUUAAUUUUAUUUAUACUUAUACACGAUGUCCGAUGUCGAUUGCUCCACCCAUCGUAUGCAGGUAGAGACAGUUAACAAAUAAGAAAGUUAUCUACCGUUUUGUGAUCUUCUUUCUCGCGUUUAUUUUUCUUAUG